AUGAAGGCCGUUCAAAUUCUCGGGGACGUGUCGUCUCCAAAGAUCACUAUUAAUUCAUCCAUGCCUAAACCUACACCUAUUGACUCUGAGAUCCUCAUUCACGUUCACGCAGCUGGUAUAACCGGCGACGAGACUACAUGGCCAGAAGUCUAUCAAACCCCAUCACGCAUUCCAGGUCACGACAUCUCUGGAACCAUAGACUCAUUUGGUCCAGCUUACAAAGGCAGUCUGAAGAUUGGACAAGAUGUUUUUGCAAUGAUAGCCGCAGAACGUGGCGAGGGACAAGCUGAGUAUGUUGUCUGCACAGCUGAGGAGGUUGCACCCAAACCAUCAUCACUGUCUCAUGCGGAAGCAGCCGUGCUCCCAAUCCCUGCACUCACAGCAUGGGAGGCAGUUGAGGACUUCGUGAAAAUCAGACCUGAUAUGAGAGUCCUCGUCACCGGUGCUUCUGGGGCUGUCGGAAAACAGUUCGUGCAGUUAGUCAAACACUUGACUCAAGCACACGUCAUCGCACUAGCUUCGACUCGAAAUCAUGACAUCUUGCGAGAUCUCGGUGCAGACGAAGUCAUAGACUAUGCAUCUCCUCGCUGGGAGUCUUCUAUCGCUCCAGUCAGCUUUGUCUUUGACACGGUUGGCGGAGAAGUCCUGUCCAAAACCUGGGAGACGGUAGAACAGGGUGGGACGAUCAUCACAAUCGGAGAUCCCGCCCCAGCUUGGGCGUUCGGAAAGGGAGAGGCUCCCGAGUCGUUCAAAUACCCGAGUGUCAAGUACAAGCACUUUAUCCUUUCACCCAAUGCGAAGCGGCUUGCCGAUGUGGCGAGUAUGCUUGACAAGGGUUUGUUGAGGCCAUUAUAUGUGAGAAGCUUUCCAUUCGAUCAGGGCGUCGCUGCGUGGGAGUGUGCAAAGCAGCGAGGGCGAGACAGUAAGGUUGUAAUUGAGUUUUAG